AUGGACUUCAGCUUAGAAAGUCUCGAUUAUCUAAAUCGGGUCCAUCAAGGAAUGACCCAACCUGCCAGGACACCCGUUGCUCCCUCGCCCACCGCCGUUGUCAAUGGCCAUUCUGACCUGGCGGCCAAGGACAGGAAACAAGAUGACAAGCACACGAAGAAUACUGCACCUCAAACCAGCGAUAGCCGCGAAACUCAGCAAGUCAAUGGCCACGGUGAUUCCACACACAAUACCAACCUUGAGAACCCGCCUGACAUUUACAAUGCGCGCACAAUUGCCGAUAUCAAAGCCACCUUAUCCCAUCUCCAUGACCGUGAAGCUGCAGUAACUGCCCGCCUCGAUGCACUCGUAGCUUCGCAAAAAGACUUCUCCCGCGAACUAGGCCGACUGGAUCUGCUCCGCGCCCAACUAGGCUCGCAAGUAACCACUACUCGCGCAAUCAGCCAUGGCAUGCUUGCGGACGCUGCUAGGACCGCGGACCGCAUCUCCAGCGCCGUCAAGCGGCUCGAUCUCCAACAAUCGCGUGUCAAGGCUACACUGGACGUAGUGGAACAAGUAGUGGAGUUGAAAGCGUGUGUGCUAGGCGUCGCUGGGUCCAUGGGAGCAUCGCAAGACUGGGAAAUGGCUGCGAGUUACAUGAACCGUGCGUCGAAGAUCCCCAAGGAUGUCAUACUGGGUGAUUUUGCAGUGGAGAUCGUGCCUACUGCUGAAGUUCCGGAUCCGCCAAGUGUGACGCUGGAGAAUGCGGCGGAAUCGCUCUGCGGGUUGUUCCUGCGGGAAUUUGAACGGGCAGUCAAGGACAACGAUGAUGCGAAGAUCACGAGGUUUUUCAAAUUGUUUCCGCUUAUUGGGAGGUCAGCUGUUGGGCUGGAUGUGUAUGGGCGCUAUGUGUGCCAGGGCGUGGCGACACGGGCAAGGGCUAAUUUACAUUCUGGAGCGGGUGGGGAACUAAGGAAAGAUGGAUUCUUUUAUGCGAAUGCGUUGACCAAGUUGUUUGAACAUAUUGCGCAGAUUGUCGAUGGGCAUGGUGCUUUAGUGGAGAGACACUACGGUCAGGGCAAGAUGACGAGGGUUGUGGAAAGGUUGCAGGUCGAGGCGGAUGUUCAGGGGGGUAUCAUCUUGGAGUCCUGGAGCGAUGACCGCCACAUUGAUCGCAAGUUAACAGAUAUCAAGUCUUAUGCUUUUACGUUUCUUGUACAGAGCUUCCUGCCUGCUCCCCGGGGUAUGGGCACACCUCGAGCGAACUCGCCGGCUAGUCGCGAUGUAGCUUCACAGCGAUCAUAUGGCCAUUAUGCUGGGGAGAACGGUGAUGAGGAAGAAUUCAAAUUACCGGAGUUCCUUGCACAAUCAGCGCUGUGUCAGAAGAUCAGUGAUCGCCUUAUCCACCCAUUCAACGCAAUGACUACAUUUUUCCUCCGGCGGUCGGUGGAGAAGGCUUUCCAGUUAGACGAAGGACCCCCAGAAUUGACGUUAAACCGACACCAACCCCUGCGCGCUAACCCGCCACACAUCACUUCGGCCGUGGACGACAUUAUGUAUAUUGUCAACAAGGUUCUUCAGCAGUCGCUCCGCACUUCGCAACACGACGUCAUGGCCAGCGUGACGCCAACUCUCGCCCGGGUUCUUGGCACUGAUUUCAUCGGUAUGAUCCAGCGCAAGAUGCGGGAUGAAAGUUAUCCCAGAGGAGCUGCAGGUGGCGCUCCAUCUGAAACCACCAUCAUUGCCUUCCUAGUGCUUCUCAACAACCUUGACGUGGCCAUCGAGUACAUCCAGCGCAUCGUGAAAAACCAUGUGGAACCCUCGAAACCCGAAAUUGGCCGUAAUCGACCCGGCGACACCGCAGCCAGCGAAUCUCCGCUCGCCAACCUCUUCCCGCUCGGCAACGAGGCCCAGAGAGUAGGCAGCAUGCUGAAGUCGUUCUCCUCAUCAUUCGAGUCCAAAGCCCAGGAUCUCGUCAAUGAUGGGAUUCAAGUCUUGUUCAAUAAUGUCAUCAAAGCUCAUAUCCGACCUAUUUUAGCAGAAUCAUUCCGUGACAUUGAGUACCAACCGCGGGAUGAUGUUGUUAAUGAGAACGAUGUUGCCAACGGAGAAGGGUUGAUGGAUGAGGCCGACGGCAACGUCGUUCGUCACCGGUUUGCGAUAGCGUGGGCGGAUCUGCUAGAGCCGAUCGCACGAAUUCUUAGUGGACGGGUCUUUGAGCGGCUACUUGGCGUGAUUGUGGCGGCGCUGGCGCGACUUUUAGAAAAGCGUAUCUGGUCGUAUCAUGGCCGAGUGAAUGCGUUAGGGGCGACGCAGUUGGAGCGGGACGUUAUGGGGAUAGUUAGUGUAGCGGUGGAUGUGGGCCGGGAUGAUGGUGGUCGCAAAGGUGGUGGCGCCGGGGGUGAGGAUGGUGCAAGGCAGUAUGGGGGGGCUCGAUAUCGGCAUCGUGAGGCCUUUGGACGGUGUUUACAGAUCGUGAUGGUGAUGGGUAUGGAGGAGGAGGAGUGGGAGGAGGUCAUGCGCGGCAAUAUGGAGGAUGUGGUUGGUCGAUUGAGUGUGGAGGAGCGGGUGAGGGCAAGGGGGAUUGUUGUGAAUUGA